UGCCGAACUUCCUGGGUGUUGUGUCAACCAUAAAAAGGCUUUCUUAACCCUCUCAUGAAGCAAAGUACUUGCAGACACACCUUUCUGAAAGAGAAGGACAGAGGGAAGUGAUCUAACAGCAUCACAUGUUCACACAGAGCUGUUGUUUCCUGCGGUGCUUUGAUGAAUGGCAAGACAGACGCGAGCUGCCAAACAGGAAGUGAAGAGAAACAGUCCAGAUCUUCCCACAAGCACGAUAGUCUCUCUUUUAGUGCAGACCAUGGAGGGAAGUAUGCCACUUGAUAUUCACCAGGAAGAGACAGAACAACUAGUAGACACCGAUGAUGGACAGUCAGAGCCACAGGAACAAGCAUUGACGCUGGUGCUGCUCGGCUCAGCGGGUGCUGGGAAAAGCACAGCGGUUGAUGCCAUCCUGGGCGGCCCGUCUGACUGCGGCACCGGCCCUGAGACAACAGCCACCGCCGACUCUCAGAAGAGACGUGUGAUUGUGUCAGGAAGACAGGUGACUGUGGUGGAUACACCCGAGUGUUUGUGCAUGGAGCGCCCGGCUGAAGAUGUCCGUCGCCAGUUCUCACUCUGCGCGGCUUUUUCAACCCCGGGUCCCCACGCAUUCCUCCUCUGCGUCCCUGUACACCGCCCUAGCAACCUGGAGCUCCAGAUUUUGGAGACCAUAGAAAAGGUGUUUGGUCCUGAAGCCGUUAGUAAACACGCAAUGGUUCUCUACACUCGCAUGGACCGACUGUCUGAAGAUGUGUCUCUGGAUGAGUAUCUCAACACUCAACGGGCGGAUCUGCUAGAGCUGGCACAGAAGUGUGGGGGCCGGCAUCACCAGCUGACAGUCGGAACGAACGCAGAGGAGAGCGUGAAGGAGCUUCUUGAAAAGGUGGAGCGGAUGGUGAAAGAAUCCGGGACAAAGUUUUACACCUGCCCUCUGUUGCAGGAGGCAGAGAGGAGAGUAGGAGAAAAAGAGCAGGAGAUCUUGAGAAGCAGAAGAGAAAGAGGAGAGGACGAUUCGUGCAUGGAUGCGGAGGGAAUCAGGGCUGAAGCGGAGAGAAAAGUGGACGAUCUGACGGUUGAGGGCAUCGCAGAUCUCUGUGUCUCCGUCCCGAGCACUUCGUUCAUUCGCUGGUUAUGGGACAGUGUGGUGGGGUGGCUCCUGUGGCUCCCGAACAUGGUGAGGGGCAGCACUUUACUGGGGUCGUUUGUGGGUUUGUUUGUCGGGGGACCCCUGGGAGGGGCCAUGGGGGCAACUGUUGGCUCUGUGGCUACAGAGAUGGGUAGACGGAAACAAAAAAAACCCUAAGUGCUUAACUCGGUAACAGCCUUUGUUAGUUAAGGGAUAGUUCACCCUAAAAUAAAAAUUCACCCCUCAUGCUUUUUAUUUUGUGAAACGCAAAACAAGAUAUUUUGAGAAUUGUCUCAGUGGUUUUGUAUUCACACAGUGGAAGUGAGUGGGGACCAAUGUUGUUUAGUCACCGACGUUCUUCGAAAUAUCUUCUUUUGUGUUCUGCAGAAGACUGAAAGUCAUACAGGUUUGAAAUGACAUCAGAGUGAGUACAUGAUGAAAUAUUUUUUUUUUUGUGGGUGAACUAUCCCUUUACGUCCAAGUCAUUGACCAACAUUAAAUAACGCUUAAAAGGUAUCCAUAGUUCUGUUACAUUCAGAUAUGAAUACAUAUUUGUUUAUCCAAAUCCAAGAAAUAUACCACAUUUAAGAAUACAAAAAACUGUACACUAUCAGUCAAAUAUUCGGACACCAUUGCUCAUUCUUUAUUAUUAAAUUGUUUUCCACAUUUAAGAAUAAUAGGAAAGACUUUUACAUUUAUUCAUUUGGCAGACGCUUUUAUCCAAAGCGACUUACAAGCAGGAGAGCAUAUAAACAUUUUGUCAACACGCUAAACCCCUAAGUUUACAAGGCCAUGCUACUAGGAGGAUGAUGUAAUUCAAAGAGAAGUAUAGAAAUUAUAUUGGGAACUACUGUAUAUAUUGAUACGAUUUCGUUUUCUUGUUUUUAAAAGGUUUUGAAUUUUAUGAGAAACCAAAAUUCAGUUGUCUGAGCUACUAGUGCAAGUUGCAUGACAUGAAAUCUAUUUGAAUGUAUGAACUAUUGAUCUGUGAGAGUAUUUAUGAAAGCUGUAAAGUGUUACCAAACGUGUAAGGGUUUAGGCUUAAUGCCAUAUAAAAACAAGUCUGGUGACCACAGAUAAGAGGUUAGAUGUGUCUUUCAUAAGAUAUGAGACCGAUUUGGAACUAAAGCCUUUUGCCUUCUGUAUAUAUAUAUCUGUAUAUAUAUAUCUGUGUAUAUAUAUAUAUUAUACAGUAUAUAUAAUAUACAGUAUUCACAAGCACCUUAAAGCCACUGAGUGAAGUUUUCAACAUUGCUGCAAAACUUUAUUUUAAACAAUGUUACAAAACUUUAUUUUGCACAAGUGAAGAUCACGAUCAACAUUACUACUAAGCACCUCGUUUUCUUUGACUUGACAUUUCGGCUUGAAACACACUGUAAAGUCUGUUUGUUUGCAGGCUGUCUGAAUAAUUCAAUGUCUAUGUGCAUAACAAUGUUUGUAUUAAAACACAGCUGCAGGAACAAACACAUGCUCCAGAUUUCCAGACAUCCUUCAAAGUGAUGACGAGUAUAAUAACUUUCAUAUACUCUGUUUUCUUCGAUGUGCAACUUUGUCCAUUUAUUGGUUCGAAGAUCAAAUGUUUCUGCGGCUGGGUCUGGAGUAUGAAAAUAAAGCAGUCUGAUGGAAAUAUUUACUAACAGUGUGAACAAUGUGCUCCGUGUUUU